AUGCAGAUUCUGCGCGACCGUUAUGCGGAGCUGAAAGAUUUAGCUGCAGAGCGCAAAGCUCGGCUGGAGGAUAACAAGCGUUUGUGCCAGUUCUGGUGGGACGUGGACGAACUCGAGCAUAACUUAAAGGACAUGGAACAGGUGCUGACGUCGCCGGAUACAGGCCGUGAUAUGGUUUCGGUGUCGCUUCUACUUGCUAAGCACAAGAAUGCAGAGCAGUCGCUGGAUAUGGUCGGCAAACGACUGGAUGAUCUUGAAAACGAGGGUGCACGACUUCAGGAUGAACGGAUUCCAGGCUCAGAAGCAAUAAAUGAUCGUUUGGCGACAGUUCGUGAUUAUUUCAAUAAACUUAAAGAGCUGGCAGCUGAGCGUCACCUACGUCUAGCCGGU